AUGAACUACUCAUGGGAACAUAUUAGGACACAAGUGAGACAGUUUAGAGCUAAUCUACAGGCCAUUUACCCCGUUCAAGUGCUGGCCAUCACAAAGGAUUUUGCAAUUCAUGACAAUGUGCUCUAUUUUCUAUCCAAUAACAGAGAUGCCUCAGACUGGUGUCCAACGAGACAAAUGCAAAUUUACCAGUCGAGGCUGGAUCAAUGCAAUACUCACCUAGUUGAACAAGACGACAAAAACUACUUGAUGACCAUCAGUACUAUACCCAUCAUGGAGCGGUCUUUGGUGUUCAAUGACUACAUUGCGUUGGUAGAGAAUGAGUUGGACAAAUCGACAUUUUACCGACAAUUACAGAUUCCAGGUGUAUCCACAUUUGACAUCAAAGACGACACCAUCAUGUUUACAUUUCAGCAUGAUUUGUAUAUCGGAAAGCUUGGCAAGAUACCCAGAUUAAUACCAUAUAAAUCAGCCUCUGCAUCAACGAAUAACAGGAAUACACCCACCAAUACCAGCCCUACAUCGGCCUAUUCACCUAUAAUCAACGACAUUGACAUGGAUUCAAUCAGUAAACAAACACCUUAUACCAACACUCAAGAGCCCCCUACCGAUCAAUCGCAUCGAUCAGAUCCCAAACUGGGUGGUUUCUUCAACGACAGAAUUGCAUUUGUACGAAAUCGUGAUAUCUGGGUGACGGAUUGGAAUGGCAAUGAUACGCAAUUGACAUUUUGCUCCAGCGACACAUCCGAUCCCUCACUGAAGUGUGGAGUGGCAGAGUACAUGAUGCAGGAAGAAUUUCACAGAUUCACUGGUUAUUACUGGUCUCCGCCCAUUACAAAUACCAAACAGCGAACCGAGAGAAUAUUGUAUCUAGAAACAUCUGAAUCACAGGUGGAGCAAGUGUUCAUCUCCAAAUCAUCCUCAUCCUCAUCAUCCACAUCCACACCACCCUCCAUGACAGAUACUACAAACACGUCAGCGGCAGCAGCAGAUUCGAUCCGGUAUCCCCGCGCAGGAAAACCUAAUGCAAAGAGCACAAUCAAGAUUGUAGAAUUUGAAAUAGGAGAUACAUCGCCUGUCAAUAUCCGACAUAAGCAAUUGUGGGGCAAAAAUGAAAUCAGGGCAUUGUUCCCCUGGGUAGAAUACAUUGUUCGAUUUGGCUGGUUGCCUGAUGGUCAAAGUGUUUGGCUGCAGCUACUCUCCAGGGAUCAGCAAACAUCUGCUGUUGUCAAACUACAUUUAGAUCAAUUUUCAAUCGAGGAGGAAAACAGAACUGGCCAUAAUGGCAUCCAAACCGAGAUUUUGUGGCAUGAAACGAGCACAGCUUGGAUCAACAUUAAUGAUGUCUACUAUUUCAUGCAAUCAUCAGACACCGCUACUGUAACAAAACUGAUUUGGAGUUCCGAAAAGGUCAAUGGCUACCGGCAUUUGUUUCUGGUAGAGAAAUCAGUGGAUCAACAAGAGGCGCAAGUGACACAGUUGACAGAGGGUGAGUGGUGUUGUGUGAAUCGGCCUUUGUAUGUGGAUGAAGCGAGAUCUCUAGUCUAUUUUUCAGCAAAAAUGCACACUCCUCUGGAGUCCCAUUUUUAUGUCACGUCUUACAGCCAUCACCAACACCGGCCAUGCCAGCCUACGCUCUUGACAAAGCUUGGCUUCAGCCAUACAAUUACAAUGGAUUCACCAGAUUACUUUGUCGAUUGCUUCUCCACUCUUCAUGACCCUCAGGUCACUGUAGUUCAGAAAUUGAGUCAUACCAAAGCAAAUCCAGUUGUGUUGGAUAGCAUAUCCUUGUUGAUCCCAGUAUCGCUCAGGAGUGAUUGUGAGACGCCACCUUCGCCACCCUCAUCUACCACCAAUCUGAUAGAAGGCAACAACUAUGAAAUUUGCCGAUAUAGCACGGAUCCAUUGAUUAGAGACCUGGAACAUACUCGUGAGAGCAACAUGUCGAAAUACAAUGAUUCAGUGGAACCUAAUGGCGAGAUAUUCAGUUUUACAACGUCAGACGGUGAGAAACUCUAUGGCUGUCUGUACAAACCCAACAACUAUCAAGCUGGGCGAAGCUAUCCUACACUGUUGCACAUUUAUGGUGGCCCUACUACUCAACUGGUUGUCAAUGAAUUCAAAUUUCCUCGCUUGAUACGAUAUCUCAUGGCUGCUUACUUUGGAUUUGCAGUGGUGAUCAUCGACAGUCGUGGUUCCAGUGAUCGAGGGCUCAAAUUUGAAUCACAUAUCCAAUAUCGACUAGGCACAGUGGAACUCAAAGAUCAAUUAGAAGGAUUACAGUUUUUACAAGAUACGAAAUUUGGUGCUCUACUAGCCGAUCAUCAAGAUGAGCUGGUGUCUGUGGUGGAUCUUAAUCGACUUGCGAUUACAGGGUGGUCCUAUGGUGGUUAUUUGAGUUUGAUGGCACUAGCACAAUACCCCGAUAGAUUCAAAAUGUCCAUUGCUGGUGCUCCAGUAACUCAAUGGGAGUUGUAUGAUGCUGCCUAUACAGAAAGGUAUAUGGGAAAGCCAGAGGAAAAUCCUCAGCCCUAUCGCGAUAGCAAUGUGCUGACCUAUGUGGAUCGAUUUCCCAACAAUGAAAAUCGUCUCUUAAUAGCUCAUGGUUUGAUUGACGAAAAUGUACAUUUCAAAAACACAGAAUUAUUGGUGUCGCAAUUGGUCAAACUCAAGAAACCACAUUAUUUGCAAGUGUAUCCGUCAGAAAAACAUGGGCUAAGACAUGCUAGCGUUAAUGAACAUUUUGAGACGUUGAUGUUUUAUUGGCUUUCCAAUUAUCUGUAA